CAAAACCCAAAAUUGACAGAAGAAAAAGAAAGAGAAACUGAUUGAGGAACCCAAAAGCCUCAAUCCACCAUAUCCCUCGUUUCUUUGUCAAUAUCUCUCAAGCCGGUUACUCUAAUCGUUAUCUUCUUCUCUUUUGUCUCCGCCUAAAACCCUUUUGCUGAAUCGCAACUAAGCUUCUAGGGUUUCCAAUACCCUCUCAUGGCUUCCAAUUCUGCUAAUCUAUGGGUACUCUUGGGAUUGGGUUUGGCUGGAAUCCUUCUUAUGACCAAAAAACUCAAGAAAGCGAUUAGAGAGGACUUUGGAGCGUUCAUCAAGAAAUUUCAGCUACUUCCUCCCCCUCAACCUGCCCCUCCUAAAGCUCCUCAUCCUCUUACCGGUCUCACCUUCGCUGUUUCCGACGUAUUUGAAAUUGAAGGACAUGUGACUGGGUUUGGUCAUCCAGACUGGACAAAAACACAUGAUGCAGCUUCUCGUACAUCUCCAAUAGUUUCUGCUCUGGUCGAAGGAGGAGCUACUUGCAUUGGAAAAACUGUUAUCAAUGAAUUGUCAAUGGGCAUCAGUGGAGAAAACAAGCAUUAUGGCACGCCCACAAAUCCUGCAUCACAUUCUAGAGUUCCUGGUGGGUCAUCCAGUGGAGCUGCUGUUGCCGUAGCUGCUAAUCUUGUUGAUUUCUCUUUGGGUAUUGAUACUGUUGGUGACGUGAGAAUACCUGCUAGCUUUUGUGGCAUUUUAGGGUUUCGACCUUCACAUGGAUCUGUUUCCCAAGUUGGAACUGUACCUGUUUCGUUAAGUCUUGACACUGUUGGAAUGUUUGCCAAGGAUCCUAAUGUCUUGCGUCGCGUUGGUCACGUGCUUUUGCAACUUCCAUAUGCGGUUCAACGCAAUCCUAGACAAGUUAUUAUAGCUGAUGAUUGCUUUCAACUACUGAAGAUACCUGUUGACAGGAUUACUCAGGCAGUGACCAAAUGUACUGAGAAACUUUUUGGCAGACAAGCAUUGAAGCACGAAAAUCUUGGAAGCUAUUUGAGUUCUAAAGUUCCAAAAUUGAAAGAGUUAGUUGGGAAAAAGACAAAUGGGAAUCUGGAUUCUGCUUCAAUUAGAGUGCUGGCCAAUCUGAUCCAGACAGUUGAAAGGAUUGAAUUCAAAGGCAAUCAUGGGGAAUGGAUUGACUCGGUGAAACCAGAUUUGGAUCCUGCUCUAAAGGAGCAAUUAAAUGAGAAGUUGGAGAUACCAGAUGCAAUGAUUGAAAACUUCAAGUCUGUUAGAAAUGAAACCCGUAUGGCUAUUAAUUCUCUUUUGAAGGAUGAUGGAGUUCUAGUCAUCCCCACCACUGUAGAUCCUCCUCCAAAGCUAGGUGGAAAGGAGAUUUUUUCAGAAGAGUACCAGACUCGUGUAUUUAGUUCUUUAAGCAUUGCUAGCAUAUCGGGUUGCUGUCAGGUCACCUUACCACUGGGAUUUCACGAUAGUUGUCCUGUAUCUGUGUCCUUGUUAGCCAGGCAUGGGGGAGAUCGAUUCUUGCUAGAUAUUGUGCAGACCAUGUACAAGUCUUUGCAAGAGGAGGCUGAGGCUGCUUCCAAAUCCAAAUUCUCAAAGAAUGCUGUUAGCCAAGAACAGUCGGCUGAGAUUGCAAAAGAAAAGGGUAAUCAAGCAUACAAAGAAAAACAGUGGGAGAGGGCUGUUGGUUUUUAUACCGAAGCCAUCAAACUCAACAGCAGAAAUGCUACUUAUUACAGUAAUAGGGCUGCAGCAUAUUUAGAGCUUUCACGGUUUCACCAAGCAGAGGCAGAUUGCAGUAAGGCUAUUGACCUGGAUAAGAAGAAUGUUAAAUCGUAUUUACGAAGGGGUACAGCGAGAGAGAUGCUUGGUUUUUUCAAGGAAGCAAUUGAAGAUUUUAGUCAUGCCCUUGUUCUUGAACCAACAAACAAAAGAGCAUCAAUAUCUGCAGAGAGAUUAAGAAAGCUAUUCACAAGUUGAUUCAGCAUUGAGCAAUCUUGGGACCGAAAAAUCGCUCAUUUGGCGAGACAUCGUUCCAUACUUGGUUAGGGUGGGAUCAGACUUCCUUGCUGCUGGGAAUACUUGAGAGCGCAUUUGGAGCAAAUAAUGUUAUCCCUUAUUUUUGUAUUUUGAUUUGAUUAGGAGCAUAGAAACAUUGGUUAUUAUUUUGCGAAAGCUGUGUAACCCAAUUUUGUCUCUACCAACAUUUCUCAAUGCGGAUUGUAGUUCUAGCUGAGCUGAGAAAUGCUUUACAGUACAAUACUAUUAUGGUGAUUGGUGAGAGUACAAGUUCAAUAUUUUUGGAGA